ACUGUGACGUCAUCAGAUGAGGAAGUGUCUAUCUGAAUACGGUGUAUUGGGGUGAUGGCAUCUUAUAAGAAGGUAUGAGAUUAUUGUUGACUCUGCAAAACGAACGACUUCAGUGACUCUGCUCUAAUCAGACCGCUUCAGAGAGAGAAGAUUGUCAUCGGGAUGAACCCCCUAGAAAGAUUAUUCCAGAGAAGAAUACCCUUAGACAGACAUACAACAGCUGUGCCAGAUUGUGUUUAAACCAAGAAACUGUGUGCUUAUCUGGGUCUGCCAUGAAGACGGAAAGUUGUGUGGUUAAAACUAAACUUGCCAAUGGCAUUUCUAGCAUGAUUGUGCCCAAGCAGAGGAAGCUGUCCGCAAACUACGAGAAGGAAAAAGAUCUCUGCGUCAAGUACUUUGAGCAGUGGUCAGAGUGUGAUCAAGUGGAGUUUGUCGAGCAUCUAAUCUCUCGAAUGUGCCACUACCAACAUGGACAUAUAAACACGUACCUAAAGCCAAUGUUACAGAGGGAUUUUAUCACUGCACUUCCAGCCCGUGGAUUGGAUCACAUAGCAGAAAAUAUCCUGUCCUACCUGGAUUCCAGAUCGCUGUGCUCUGCGGAGCUGGUGUGCAAGGAGUGGUACCGAGUGACAUCUGAUGGAAUGCUGUGGAAGAAACUUAUAGAGAGAAUGGUGAGAACAGACUCUUUGUGGAGAGGACUGGCAGAAAGGAGAGGAUGGGGUCAGUAUCUGUUUAAAAACAAGCCACCGGAUGGAAAGACACCACCCAAUUCCUUCUACAGAACACUUUAUCCCAAAAUUAUCCAAGACAUCGAGACGAUAGAGUCCAACUGGCGCUGUGGGCGGCACAGCUUACAAAAGAUUCAUUGUCGGAGCGAAACAAGCAAAGGAGUCUACUGUUUACAGUAUGACGACCAGAAGAUAGUGAGCGGCCUCAGAGAUAAUACCAUCAAGAUCUGGGAUAAAAAUACAUUGGAGUGUAAACGAGUACUGACAGGUCACACUGGGUCCGUUCUAUGCCUACAGUAUGAUGAGCGAGUAAUCAUUACUGGCUCCUCGGACUCCACAGUCAGGGUCUGGGAGGUGAACUCGGGAGAGAUGCUAAAUACACUGAUCCACCACUGUGAGGCUGUGCUACAUUUACGCUUCAACAAUGGCAUGAUGGUCACCUGCUCCAAAGAUCGCUCCAUUGCCGUGUGGGACAUGGCUUCUGCUACCGACAUCACACUACGGAGGGUCCUGGUUGGCCAUAGGGCAGCAGUGAAUGUGGUGGACUUCGAUGACAAGUACAUCGUCUCCGCCUCUGGGGACAGGACUAUAAAAGUGUGGAACACAAGUACAUGUGAAUUUGUCCGUACAUUAAACGGUCACAAACGUGGGAUUGCUUGCCUGCAGUACCGGGAUAGGCUGGUGGUGAGCGGCUCUUCUGAUAAUACUAUCAGGUUGUGGGACAUUGAAUGUGGGGCUUGUUUGCGGGUUCUAGAAGGACAUGAAGAAUUGGUACGAUGCAUUCGCUUCGACAACAAGAGGAUCGUCAGUGGAGCGUAUGAUGGGAAAAUUAAAGUGUGGGACCUUGUGGCUGCUUUAGAUCCUCGCGCUCCCGCUGGGACACUUUGUCUGCGGACACUUGUGGAACAUUCAGGAAGAGUUUUUCGCCUACAGUUUGAUGAGUUCCAGAUAGUCAGCAGCUCUCAUGAUGACACUAUCCUCAUCUGGGACUUUCUAAAUGACCCAGAAGCACUUGCGGAGUCCAAUCGUUCUCCUUCUAGAACAUACACAUACAUCUCAAGAUAAACCACACUUUAUAGUACCUCACAAUUACAAAGGAUUUAUAUGGAAAAUCUAGUAACUGAAUCAUCUGUGAAUGUCGGGAAAAUAAACUAUUAACUUGACCAGUAUUUGAGGAAGAAGAAAGAGCUGCUGGCACACCCUGGAAUAACGUGGUCAGACAACUGGAAGCAGCCCGGCCCUAUCUGCACAGCGGAUGACUGGAGUGCUGAAAUCUGAAGAUCAUUUUCUUUUACUUUAUUUAUUUUCUUGAACUCCUUCGUUGCUACAGGGGAUGCUGCUUAUUACGUAGCUGGAAGCUUGCACACUCCUGUGUCAGUGACUGAGAUAACGUUUAACAAACUGCUGCAAUGUAAGAAGCAAAGACUUAACCAAUCACAGAUCCUUUAAAUACAGUAUAUUUAAAUGUCUUGCCAGAGUGUCUGUUGCUUUGCUGUAAGCAGAAGAACAAUUCCUUUGAUGUCCCGUACUCACACUGCCUUCAGAUGUGGUUAAGUUUGGAAACUCGCUGAACUUUUGCAAGUAUUCGUGAAGUGCUGAGCGGAUAUAGGGUUAUUUUCUUUAUUAAGAAUAAUUAAGACGCGCAUAGUGAAAUAUAAUAACCUUUUUUUACCCUAGUAAGCAUGGGAGAUUUUCUUUUUUUAAAUUAUUGUUUUUCUAUUUUUUUUUUUUCUUUUUCAUUCUUCAUUGUUUGCUUGUAUAUUUUUUUUUGUUGCUUUCAAGUGCUGUAGCAUCUUCUAUAGAUCUAUAU